AUGAAGCAGUACGCAAAGAUUUUGGAGCCGCUUGACCUCGGCUUUGCCAAGCUGCGCAAUCGCGUCGUGAUGGCCAGCAUGCACACGGGAUUGGAGUCACCGAUACACGCCACUCGCUCCGCCCCAGCCGCUGAGGGCAACCCGUACGCGCGUCUUGCACGCUUCUAUAGGGAGAGGGCGAAGGGCAAGGCCGGGCUCAUCGUCACAGGCGGCUUCUCGCCCAGCGCCGAGGGGGUUCUGCAUCCUGGUGAGAAUGUGCUAGGCCCGCAGGAUGCCGACCAACUGCGGUGCGUCACCGACGCGGUGCACGAAGAAGGCGGGCACAUUUUGCUGCAGAUGCUGCACUCUGGCCGCUACUCCCCCAGCGAUCAGUGCGUGGCGCCAUCGCCGAUUCCGAGCCAGAUCUCUCUCACGCAGAGGGUGCCGGUGGAGAUGAGUGUCCCACUCAUCCAACGGACGGUCGAGGACUUUGCCCGCCUUGCGAUCUGCGCGCAGAAGGCGGGCUUCGAUGGGGUGGAGAUUAUGGGCUCCGAAGGCUACCUGCUGAAUCAGUUUAUCGCCCGGCACACAAAUCACCGCACUGACGACUACGGCGGCGGCUUCGAGAACCGCAUCCGCUUUCCACUGCAGGUUCUUCGCGCAGUGCGGGAUGCCACGGGGCCGAACUUCAUCAUCGCGUUCCGCCUGUCACUUCUGGAUCUCGUACCCGACGGCUCGACACAGGCGGAGGUCUUUGAGCUGGCGGAGAAGGUAUCCAAGUCUGGGGCGAACAUCAUCGACAGCGGCAUUGGCUGGCACGAGUCCCGCGUGCCGACCAUCGCCACCUCCGUGCCGCGUGCGGGGUACACCUGGGCCACAGCGGCGGUCCGGGCGCAUCUUCGCCGUCAAGGCAUCGACAUCCCUCUUAUUGCGGUAAAUCGAAUGAACCACCCCGACGUUCUGGAGCAAGUGCUGGAGAAUGGCGAUGCGGACCUCGUCGCUAUGGCGCGUCCCUUCCUCAGUGAUCCAUACUUCGUGAAGAAGACAAUGUCAGGCGCGGCUGAUCGCAUCAACAUCUGCAUCGCCUGCAACCAAGCCUGCCUGGACAACAUCUUCACUGGAAGGACGGCCUGCUGCAUGCUCAACCCACUGGCCGCGCAUGAGGCGGAACGCGCAGCGCUACCCGCGCCCAUCGCUAAGAAGGUGGCCGUAAUCGGCGGCGGCCCGGCUGGCGCGUCCGCCGCGAUCACCCUAGCCGACCGCAGCCACCACGUGACGCUGUACGAGGCGAACUCCACGCUCGGCGGCCAGUUCAACCUGGCAAAGCGCAUCCCUGGAAAGGAGGAGUUCCAGAGCAGCAUCGACUACUGGACAAACACGCUGAAGAAGCACCCGAAUGUGACACUGAAGUUGAACAGCCGCGCUACUGUGGAGGAGGUUGCCGCCGGCGGCUACGAUGAGGUAGUGGUGGCAACCGGGUGUGAGCCGCACGCCAAAUCGGGUGCGCUCAUUGCUGGCAUGGAGAAGUACCCCAACGUCUUCUCGUACACGGAGGCACUCCUGCAUCCAGAGAAGGUGGGCCGUCGGGUGGCCGUCAUUGGUGCUGGCGGCAUUGGCUUCGACAUGGCCGAGUUCCUCACUUCCCCACACAGUAGCUCGGUGAAGACGGUCUCCGCGGCGCAGUACACCAAGUUUGAAAAGCAAGAUAACGCCGACUUCCGAAGGAAGUGGGGGAUCAAGUCUGCUGCCAUCGCGCAAGAAGAACAGAAGGCUGGCACAUCCACCGCCGCAAGCGGCAGCAACAGCUGCUCACCCCUUCCAGGCGGUCUCGUGAAGCCUGUGACUCCUCCUCCUUACCGCGAGGUGACCAUGUUCCAGCGCACCCGUGGGAAAAUCGGCGCACACCUUGGCGCGACGACCGGGUGGAUCCAUCGCCUUGAGAUUCGCAUGAACCGCAUCAAGACAGUUGAUGGGGUUACGUACAAGAACUUUGACGGCACAAACCUCGUUUACGUUGAUAAGGAGGGCAAGGAGCAGACGCUGGCAGUGGACUCCGUUGUGCUGUGCACUGGCCAAGUCUCAAACAAGGAGUUUGAGAAGGCCGCAACGCCGGUUCUGUCGAAGCUGCACACGAUAGGAGGAUGCAACUUCACCAAGAAGCUGGAUGCGAAAAUGGCCAUUCUGCAAGCUCAUAGCGUGGCGAUACGUCUGUGA